AUGGCCACCAAACCAACAAUCGUCACAGAGGUCAACGUUCUUGUUGACCCUGAAGAUGCCAACAUAGACAUCGUGGCAAUCCCUGGCCUUGGUGCCAACCCAGUUAAGAGCUGGAUGUGGGACGAGAAGGACGAAAAAAGCUUCAACUGGCUGAAGGAUAAAGAGGGUAUCAAAAAGGACUUUCCACAGGCCCGCAUCAUGCUCUACCACUACGCCUCGGCCUAUCAGGGUACCUUCAAGGUUAGGCAAUACCUGAGCAAUAUUGCAGAUACCAUGCUUGUCAGCCUGAAGCAGCGGAGAGAAGAGCCCAAGGAAUGCCGCCGUCGGCCAAUCGUAUUGAUUGGGCACAGCAUGGGAGGUCUUGUGGCGGCCAAGGUUUUGACAUUGGCCGAACAGCGCCGCGACAAAUUUCCCGAUGUGUACGAGGGAAUUGUGGGAAUCUUGACAUUCGGUACACCUUUCGGUGGUGCUCCAGUUGCGGACAUUGCCACAGAAUGGGCCAAGCUCAACGAGCACACGGGCAAGGCCAUCACAUCCAAGCUUCUUGACCUGCUGACGCCAGGGAACGAAAAUUUGCGCGAGUUGAAGCAUGAUUUCGUACGAUCUGCCAUGAAACUUGGCCAGAAAGUCGACCUCCAUUGCUUCUGGGAGCAGAACGAGACACGCUGGGACAAGGUGAUGGAGAAGUUGGCUCCCACUGACUUCCCUAUCUCAACCCUGGAGAAGCUCAAGCUCAGAGAAUAUCGGGAGUUCGUAGGCAGAGAGUCGGCCACUCUGCCUGGAGCAUCCGAGACCGGGCUGACACGCACACACAGGGAUCUUGUCCGUUUUGAAAGCUGUAAAGACUCACAGUACCAAUUGGUGCGAGCAGCCUUGAAGAGUAUUGUUCAUAGCGCAGCGCGCAACGCCAAAGGUCGUUUCAACUGCAUGCGCCAAUUCAGCAUCAAACCCGAAACACACAAAGCCGUGAUUGAUGCCCUCGACGGCGCUGACGUGCAAAGGAAGUUCAGAUCACUCUCGCAGCGGCUCGCUUCUGACUCAUGGAUCCUCUCAGAGCCGGAAUUUCAGGAUUGGAUGGAUAGCAAGAGAAAAACCGACGACUUUCUCUGGAUAUACGGUGGGGAGGGGAAAGGGAAAACGCCUGCUGCCACAGCCGUGGUCAAAAGCGUCGAGUCGACAAUUUGCAAGGAGGAGAUGGAAUCCUCGGACCGGGCUCCAACUUUGUUGGCAUACUUCUUCUGCGACCAAGUUCCGGACUUUUGCACGGCCGAGGAUGUGGUCAAAUCUCUGCUCCGGCAACUCUGCCUUCAACAAGACACUCUUGCCAAUUAUGCCAAACAGUUCAUCUCCAGGGCCCCGAGCGAACAUGGCGGCAGCAACGGCAGCAACAACAGCACCGCGCUCGGCAUCGAGAACCUCUGCCAGAGUCUUCGAGACAUGCUCACCGAGAGCACUAUUGGAACUGUGUACUUCGUCAUCUGCAACCUCCACGAGCUCCCAGAGGAGGAGGACUCAACCAAGAAGCUCUUAUCCUUCGUGCAGUCGCUCAUCGAUUCACCUCAGCUCCAAGCUGACAAGCGCGUCCGUACCAAGUGGCUGUUCGCAACCAGGGACAGGAUAUCAAUUCGAAGAGUGCUUGGAUCAAGCGAUGUGGUUCGCCAGAUCAAUCUCAACGAUUCAGAAAAGUACGGAGACAAAGUCAAACUCGAGCUGCAGCGACAUGCCUGGAGCAAGGUCGACGGUCUGCGUGAGCAGAAAGGCUACAACAAGGCAAUCACCUACUUCGCCGGCAGUGUUAUUGGGAACCGUGCCGAGAGCACCAAGUGGAUCGACGUGGCGAUUGUGCAGCUAGCAGCGCUUCCGGCCGAGUCUAAUGAUAUCAAGGUCCGGAAGAUGCUAGAGCGCGUGCCGCAAGACUUUGCGACACUUUUGGAUCAUGCCUGGCAAUCGAUACUCGGACCAAACGAGGAAGGCCUCGAUGCCAUCAAGGAGCUCCUCCGCGCCCUUGUAUUGACAUACGAAGACCCCACGGAGAGUGAGCUGUUAGUGCUUGCCGGGCUGCCAGCUGGUGAAGCAAAACACAAAGAGGAACUUUUCAAGACGAUACAAAAGUGCAGACCCUUACUCACGCUUCGAAAGUCCGGUGACGAGGCUCGGAUCGGCUUCGUCAACGCCGAUGUCAAAAAGCACCUCCACAAGAACUCCAACAAGCUUCUCGAUCUUCCCGAGGAUGCCAUUCAGCUCCAACACGGAAUUCUUGCCCUGCGAUGCUUUUCGCAUAUCAUGGAUAACUUGACUGCAGCACUUCAGUCCACAAUAGUUGCCAAGUCUCCUACGCCCAGCCAGAGUCAACAGACUCAACACCAGCCAGUUGCCAUGCAAGGGCCCGUCACUGCUGCCGGUCCUGGUGUUUUCGGGGCUCCUGAUAUCGGUGAUGAUACUGAAGAUGAAGAGAUCGAGUUCGAUUUCGAUGAUGACGAGAGUACCGACUUGGACUCAACUGCCCAAGCACCGGAUACACCUCAGCAAGCACCAAUUCUGCCGUAUGCAACGAGAUAUUGGCUACAGCAUGCGAGUGAGGCCACCAGAGAUAUCGCGGAAAGGCUCAGCUUGGAAAAGGCAUUCUGGGAGCCAGACUCGGAGAUUCGCCACUUGUGGCUGACGGAGUUUGAGAGGCUUACAGGCGCCUUUGACGGCUUGGUCGUUGAUAAGCGCCUGAAAGCACUACAUGUGGCCGCAUCGGUUGGGUUUCCUCGACUAGUCGCGUCGUUGCUCAAGGCAGGGUAUGAUAAGGAAGUGAACGAAUACGAUACGUAUGACAACGCACCCCUCCACCUGGCUGCCCUCUUCGGCAAGGCAGAUAUCAUCGAGCAGUUGCUUGAGGUCAAGAGUGUCAAACUCGAUGAUGCCGGCAAAAACAGUUCAGCAUGUACCCCUCUUUCGAUGGCCGCCGCGCGCGGCAAGAUUCUCGUGAUGAAGAAGCUCAUCAGUAAAGGGGCCAAUGUAAAUUCAGUCGAUGUUGACAUAGGUCCAGUCAUCAACGCGGCUAUUCUGUCCGGCAACAGCGAUGCGGUAAAGCUACUGAUCGAACACGAAGCCAAACUGAACUACCCAGAGCAUGAACACGAGGCCUCGGACUGGCCGCCGCCUCUUGCGCUCUCAGCUCUGUUUUCGGACCUGUCCAUGUUCCAAACCAUUUUAGACGCCGGGAAGGAGGUUCUAAGUGAGGAGGAGUAUAGCAAGGCUCUCGUCCUCGCAUCCAGAUCCGGCCGCGUCGAGAUUGUGUCUUUAUUGUUCGAAAACGAGCAUGGUCAGGACACCUUUCAGAAGUCACUCCAGGCCGCUCUCGAGGAAGAAAACUGGGAUGUCACCAAGCUUCUUUUGCGCCACUCGCAAGAUAUUCUGGACUGCAACGACGUCUUUGAGAAAGCCUCAACGAGCGUCGAAAGCCUCGAAGACGUGCUAGAUGCAAUAUGGGGGCAUAGGCAAGGCCAGAUCGACCAGGAAAUCCUCAACAGAUGCCUAUAUACGGCCACCGAUAACGAGAAGGAGAAUACCGUCAAGGCUCUCUUGAGGAUGGGUGCUGAUCCAAACGCGGAAGGCGCUUUAUUUGGCAAUGCGCUCACAGCUGCUGCAAAUGACGGAGUCACCACGGAUGAUGGAAACGUGCCUAUUGUGCAAGCCCUUCUCGAGGCCGGUGCUACUGUCACAUCUGAUUCCGGCUGGGCUCUUCAAGCCGCGGCCGAGCAAGGCCAUCUAGCCGCUGUCAAGCUGCUCCUUGACUACGGAGCCGACAUCAACCAUUUCAGCGUCCAACACUCAUCCGGCACCGCUCUUCAAGCAGCAUGUGACUGCGGGCACGAAGAAGUCGUGGAGUAUCUGCUCAGCAAAGGCGCAGACCCAAACAAAGGCGGCGGGCGAUACGAGUAUCCGAUCAUCGUGGCAUCGAUGCAACCCAAAAUUCUACCUCAUCUUCUCGCCGCUCCGGGAAUCAAACUCAAUGUGGUUGGUGGACCAGGCCACGGGAGCCCGCUUGUUUACGCUGCAGCCUCGCUACCUGCCGAGUACAUUGUACAGCUCAUCCAGGCGGGUGCAGAUGUAAACAUGGUUGAUUUAGAUGGUGAUACACCUCUCAUUGCUGCGGCGCUGGUGGGUGACUAUGAAUGUGUGAAGCUGCUGCUGGAGUAUGGGGCGGACAUCAUGACAAUAAGCCCCAACAGGGGCACCGCUCUAGAAGUGGCGCUGGAAGAGGGGCACGAUGAGUGCAUAAAGCUAUUGGCGAAUAGAGCUGUCUUUAUUCAGAGGCAAUUGAAGAUCUCUGCGGAGCGAGAGGAAGGGUUGGCAUUGGAAAUCAUUGAACAGGAGAGAGAGAAUCGGCGCUACCUCCAUCAGCAGCAGCAACAACAACAACAACAACAACAACGGCAGCAGCAGCAGCGUAUUGGUAGCGAUUUUGGCCAGCAAGAACCCGAACUCGAGGACCAAAUCGGAAGGCUGAGGCUACAGGACGAUGAUCACGAUGUUGAUGCGGACUCCUUGAGUCAGGGCGGCGAUGGGAACCCUCACCCCACAACCGGUGAAGAAGAGGACUCUUAUCAACAAGGAAGCUGGUAG